CCUCCUCCAUCACUCUCCCUUCCUCUUCCUCUCUCUGUCAGUGCGUACCCGCUGUGCGUCAAAAGGAGCUCGGUGCGUAACGGGACCUUCGUGCGUAACUGGAGACAGACUCCUCUCCAUUUUGCGCUCAGGGUUCUGGGGACCACUCGCUGGGUCUCGGCGGUUAUUCCUCUCUCUCUCUCUGUCCACGCGGCUGUGCGUCAGAGCUGASAUGACUACAGAGACCCCUCAGCAGCAGCUGGACCCUCCGCUCAGAUCCAGCCCGGGGUCCGGAGUCCUGCACCCCGCCAUGCUCAGCUCGCAGGCCGCCGCGGAGAGCUCGUCCGCGGGCGUCAAAGGGAAGAAGGCGAGCUCGGGUCUGAGGCGGCCGGAGAAGCCCCCCUACUCCUACAUCGCCCUCAUCGUCAUGGCCAUCCAGAGCUCCCCGACCAAGAGGCUGACCCUCAGCGAGAUCUACCAGUUCCUGCAGGCCCGCUUCCCGUUCUUCAGGGGCUCCUAUCAGGGCUGGAAGAACUCGGUCCGGCACAACCUCUCGCUCAACGAGUGCUUCAUCAAGCUGCCCAAAGGCCUGGGCCGGCCCGGGAAGGGCCACUACUGGACCAUCGACCCGGGCAGCGAGUUCAUGUUCGAGGAGGGCUCGUUCCGGCGCAGACCCCGCGGCUUCAGGAGGAAGUGCCAGGCCCUGAAGCCCAUGUACCGGAUGAUGAACGGGAUCGGCUUCGGGACCUCCAUCCUCCCGCAGAGCUUCGACUUCCAGCCCCCCUCCAGCCUGGCCUGUCACGGGAACAGCUACAACCUGGACAUGAUGAGCAGCUCCAUGGCGGCGGGGUACGACCACCACGUCCCCCACAUGUCCCCGAGCCCCGGCUCCACCUACAUGGCGAGCUGUCCGGUGCCGCCGAGCGGAGACUACGGGCCGGACAGCAGCAGCAGCCCGGUCCCGUCCUCCCCCGCCAUGGCCAGCGCGCUGGACGGACACUCCCCGUACGCGGGCACGUCCGCGCACUGGGCGUCCUCCGGCGGGCCCCCCUACAUCAAACAGCAGCCUCUGGCCUCCAGCAGCCCGGCGGCCUCCGGCCUGCACUCCGGUGUGUCCCACUACUCCCUGGAGCAGAGUUACCUCCAUCAGAACGGCAGGGACCACUCCGACAUCUCAG